UCCAAGCCUGCUUUUUUUGCGCGAAGAGAAUCGGAAAAAUCAAAAUUAAAAUCGUAAACAAAAACAAGAAAUAAUCUUAAUCAAAAUGGCGUCCCUCGCCACAGGCGUCCCUCCACCUGCCAAAGAAGUCGAAUUUAAGGAGUUUUACACCGAAGUCAAAGAAAUUGAAAAGAGAGAUUCUGUUUUAACUCCCAAACAGCAGAUUGACCGCCUGUUGCGUCCAGGAUCAACUUACUUUAAUCUCAAUCCAUUUGAAGUCUUGCAGCUUGAACCAGAGACAUCACUGGAGGAAGCGAAGAAAAAAUAUAAAAGACUUUCAAUUUUGGUCCAUCCUGAUAAAAAUCAAGAUGAUCCUGAAAGAGCACAGCAAGCAUUUGAAAUUAUCAACAAAGCUUGGAAGACGUUGGAAAAUCCGGAAACAAAAGCAAAAUGUAUGGAUGUUAUUGAAGAAGCAAGAGCCAAAACUGAUUACAUGAUUGCAGAAAAGCGGAAACGGCAGAAGAGAGAAGGUAGAGAUAGCCAAGUGGAAGAAGACGAUCCGGCUGCUUAUCGUCAUGCUGUUUACGUCAUGACAAUGAAACUGUUUGCAGACAUGGAGCGUAGACGCAGAGAACUCGAGAUAAGGGAUACUGAGGAGCGUAAACGUAAACGUGAACAAGAAAUUGCUGAAGAGGAAAAGGUCGCUCUCGAAAAGGAGUGGCAAAAGAAUUUUGAGGAGUCUCAACAGAACCGAGUAAAUAGUUGGAAAGCCUUUCAGGCUGGCUCCAAAAAAGGCUCCUCAGGCCCAAAGACAAAGAAACUGAAAACCUUCAAGCCACCAAAGCACAAGGCUGAGUCAAGAUAAGAAUUGUAACUGAUGUAAAAAUGUGUUGUUUUUUUUUUGUAAAUAACUUGGUUGAUUUAUAGUAGUAUGAAACAGAGCACCAGGGCCAUUCACCUAAAGGUUUGUUAGGGUGCCAGACUUUCUUGAAUGGACCUAUGCGGCAAUUGAAUUUUUUGACUGCAAAGGACUUGAGGAAUAACCUUUCUAGUGUCAGAAUGCAACUUUAAAGUAGGCCUUGUUUGUUAAUAAGCCUGUAAACUUGGCAGGUAAAUAAUUAAAUAAGGUAACAUUUAUUAACUAGAUAUCAUACUGUUUUUGAAUAUUUUUUACAUUCAAGAACACAAGAUGGUCUAGUUAAACAGUAUUUUUGGGUUCCCCUACUGAAUCUGAACGGUGGCUACUUGAAUCCAUGUGCAUCUGAUCAAAUGCUGUUGGUGACUGGUUUACAGGAGUAAUAACGGUGUAAUUUUUUUUUUUUAAUACCUAUCUAUAAAAAAAAAAAAAAAUCAAGAGCCAAAAAUUGAGAACAACUGAAAUAUGAACUAUGUAUCAUAAUGUGUUUUGUAAAUUAAACAAAAUGUGUGUUAUAAGUAAAUAAUAAUUACUGGUAAAAUAUCAUUUACUGGUUUCAAAAUUACAGUGCUGAUUUUGUUGUAUAUAAGCAUGCAUAUAAUUAUAUUACCCAUAAAGUACAAAUAUAAAUUUUAAAACUGUAUGCCGGAAA